GUUUGUGCUGUAUGGAGAAACCUAAGGGCAAACUGCUCGAGUUUAUGAUGAACUGUGUAUGAAAGUCUACCAAAUAAUGCUUUUCUAUUCUUACUGCGGCCACAAGUACCCCUGAUAACAAGCACAAUUAUAGCUCAAAGACUGAGGUGGGCAGGGCAUGUGGCCAGGGUUCAUGAGGAUAGACUGACUGACAAGCCAGAUUACUAUAGUUCGACAGAUCUAAACUUAGAUUGUUUAUUUCUUUGAGAAAAACCCCGCUGCCACUUUUCUCUUAACCUUUAAAUCGUCCUCGUCUUACCUCUUCACCCAUCUCCCAGCGAGGCAAUAUUUAGGACAGUACUUAAUAAACCUGACCAUAUAAAUCCUAAUCCGUAAACUAGAUCCCCAUUCUAUUUAAUUAUUACUUUUGCGACUAUUUAUUGUAAUAUUUGUUAUGACUUAUACCUUUAAAUUUUGGAUAUAUUACAUAUUUUAUUUGAUCUUUUUCAUUAAAAGUAAUAAAAAUAGCUAAUUACCAUUCAUUACGUCUUUUGACAUUUUCUUAUAAUCUUGUCAGUAGAGUAACUUCUAUUUAUUCUUUUUUUUAUUAUUUGAAUUUUCCGUCUGCCAUAAUAUCCAUUUCCUUAACAAGUUUGAAAUAUUUUGCAUUUCAUUGCUCUUUAUUUUAGGUUUUCCCCUGAUUUUCAUUCAUCAAGUUAUGAUUUACUUAACUUCCAUUUCCUUUUUCAUAGCAUAUUUUGUCUUUAAAACCACACAGUAUUCUGCCUUAUUCUCUCUUGACUACAAUUUCAUUGAUCUCCAUUCUAUUUGGUUAUUACUUUUAAGGCUGUAAUAUUCUCUUAUGUUUUUUAUAAUUUAUACCUUCUAAGUUUUGCAUAUAUUACAUAGCAUUUUAUUUGAAAAUAUUUUUCAUUUAAAGUAAAAAAAUCCUGGCAUUACCAUUCAUUAUUUCAUAUGACAUUUUCCUCUGAAAUAUAUAUGACACAGAUAUGAAAACAUAUUAGAGUAAAAAAAAUGAUUUAUUAUAGCUCAUAAAUCUAAUGAAUGUAACAAUUUUUACUUUUUACAAGGUUGUUGCCCAUAAACUCAUCAUUGGGAGAGAAAUAAUUUAUUUAAAAUAAUUAUCACAGGAAUUGUAAUAAUAUGAUUCUAUACGAAAUGUACAUUAGAAUCUUCGUCGUCAGAUGAUCUUAGUUCAAUGACAGACUUUGCAGCAUCGCCUGUUUGCAAGUUUUCGGAAUGCUUAACUGGAUUUGCCCGUUUCACAGCGUGCUUUCUGUAGGAAUGAAUUAAUUUCACUACUGACUGUUGUCUCGGUAACCUAAAGCAAGAAGUCAUUCUUUUUGGCGCUAAAGUUCUCAGCCAGACCGGGCGGUGGGGCUUAUCCAAAGGGUAGCUUAAGAGAGAAAUCCUUUAAACUUCAUGGUUUAAUAGGCUUGGCCCACCUGCAUAUCGCCUGUCAAAGGUAACAAAAAAAUGGCUGCGUCUUUUGAAACAUAUGUCACGUUUAUAAAUGCGAUUUCUCAUUUUAUUUACGAAUAGAAUUAGAAUCACAAUAUGUGAACGCUUCUUAAGUUCAACAAAACAUGCUAAAAAUUUUAAACUACCCAUUUAUUGAUUCAUGUGUUAUAAAGCAAGGCAUUCAAAACUGGAUACUGGUAGAUGUGGCAAAAUUGUUCUUACCCAAAGAGGAAAACAAUCCCCCUCAGUUUAGAUCUGUCGAACUAUAGAGGACAAGCAGAGGGCAGACAACCUCCAGGAAGACCCCGCAUGAGAUGGUCUGAUAACAUAAAAAGGGACAUGACAAAGCUUGGAGUGGAUGGUCCAGCGGAUUGGUGAGAUGUUGCGCAGGACCGAGGUCGUUGGAAGCUUCUUGUAGCAGCGGCAAAGAGCCAUGGAGGCCCGCAGCCAGUGAAAGCUGAAUGCCCUCAUAGGUCCCGGGGCUUGGCCUUUAGCCUAAAUUCUAUAUUCUCACCAGAGAGCAAGAGCCCGUGCCCACACAAGGCUGGCUUAUUCUAACAUCAGCAACAACAGAAAAAUUUGGAUAUAGUUUCAUUCCCUCUGAAGUUUCGGAUUACUAAGUAUAACUACUUUGGCAAUGUCAAAACCGAAGGUUCUUAUAACUCGUCCGGACAUUCCAAAGAAGGGUCUUAAUAUGCUGAGUGAAAAAUGUGAACUGGAAAUAUGGCCGAAGAACUUUCCUAUACCUCGCGAUGAAUUGCUCAAGAAAGUGUCAGGAAAGGGCUUACUAUGUCUCCUCACAGACAAGAUUGAUAAGGAAGUUUUAGAUGCAGCAGGUCCAAGUCUAAAAAUCAUUGCCACCUUGUCAGUUGGCCACGAUCACCUAGAUUUAUCUGAAAUGAAAAGUCGUGGAAUAAAGGUUGGGUAUACACCAGGUAUUGGAACGGAAGCAACCGCAGAACUUACCAUUGCUCUGUUACUGGCAACAAGUAGACGAUUGUUCGAAGCUCAUGGAGAAGUGGUCAAUGGCGGUUGGGAAAAGUGUUCCUGGUCACCAACGUGGAUGAAUGGAUGGGGAAUUAGGGGAUCCACAGUAGGAGUAUUUGGCUUCGGUAGCAUAGGACAAGCUGUUGUCAGACAUCUCCUAGGGUUUGGCGUCAAGAGGUUCGUUUACACAAGUCGUUCUCCCAAGAAGGAAGGUACUGAACUUGGUGCAUCACAUGUGUCCUUUGAUGAGUUCUUGAAAGAUUCAGACUUCAUAAUAAUAACAUGCGCUCUUACCGAUGAAACCCGGGGAAUUUUCAAUGAAGAGGCUUUUGCAAAAAUGAAGAAAUCUGCUAUUAUUGUAAAUACUGCUCGGGGAGGAGUGAUAAAACAAGAAGCCCUUAUUAAAGCCUUGAGGACUAACCAGAUCAGAGCAGCUGGACUAGAUGUCAUGACACCAGAACCACUUCCACCAGACCAUGAGCUGAUUGGCAUUCCUAAUUGCAUGAUAAUUCCACACAUUGGGAGUGCUGAAGUUGCCACAAGAGAAGAGAUGACAACUCUUACAGCUGCUAACAUUAUUGCUGGCUUGGAAAAUAAACCAAUGCCAGGGAAACUUUGUUGACAAUUGUCGAAAAUAGAUUAUUAUUAUUAUUAUUAUUAUUAUUAUUAUUAUUAUUAUUAUUAUUAUUAUUAUUAUUAUUAU